GCAGCCAGACAGACUCUCUUCUCCCAUUCCGGUUCAUCUUACGACGACCAUCAACUGCUAUAUCCUACUUAGGACGGGCCGGCUACUAUGGGUCUUUCCGGCCGGAAAACCAAGCAGCGAAUUCCAAAUGACCCUCGGAAUCUCGCCUGGGCAAAUGAUGCGAACAAGUUUGGCGCUGCGUACCUCGCCAAGUUCGGGUGGGAUCCGUCUGGCGGCCUCGGUGUCUCCGGGGAAGGGCGUACGAAGGCACUGUCGGUUCACCAGAAACUCGACAUGCUAGGGAUAGGGGCGGACCACAAGAACAGCGCGGAGGGCCUUGCGUGGAAGCAGAACAAGGACUUUGAGAACCUUCUACGCAGGCUGAACGCGGCGAACGGGAGUGCGGAGUCGGAGGAGUCCCCGAUGAAGAUCGACGGGUUUACGAAAGGAGCAUCCAUGACAACCGUCGAGGCUGAGAGCGGCGCUAUAGCUUCAGGAGAGGGACAGGCUGAAGCAGGCCCGGAUGAAGAGAAGAGGCCGAAGAAAAAGCGAAAGAAAGACGCCGAUGGGGAGGAGGGCGAGAGUAGGAAGAAGAAACACAAGAAGAGCAGAUCCUCUGGUGAUACUUCCGACUCGGAGAGUAGUAGUAAGAAGCAGAAGAAGAGCAAGAAACGAGAUAGAGAAGGAGCAGCAUCUCCCCUCGAAACCGAAUCGUCCACUGCGCCUUCCCCGGUCCCGGCGAGUCGUGCUGGCUCCACUGUGCCGUUCAGACACCCUCGCGCAGCCUUCCGCGCACGGCACAUGGCUGCCAAAAGCCGUGCGUCCACGUCCGCCACCGCCCUGGCCGAAAUUCUUGGUAUCGCAGACUCUGGCUCCGUCACGCCCGUCGUCUUACCUUCCCUCCUCGCCACCCCUGUCCCUUCCACCCCCUUCACACCUGGUCCAAGCACCAGCUCGAGCGAUCCAUCUGGCGCCGCAACGCCCGCCGACGGUCUCAAGUUGCAGGAGUUGACCGUCUCGAGCAAGAGCGUCAUGGACUACUUCAAAGAGAAGCUCGCUGCCAAGAGCCGGCCAUCGUCUUCAGCAGGCACUCCGGCCUCGGAGACAGGCGACUACGACGAUCGGCCACGGAUGGGCUUAGGCGCGUCCGGGUUGCGUGCGGAGGUCACAAAGGAGGUAAAGGUCGAGGAGCGGAGAGGGCUUGGUGGUAUAGGCAGCGGGAUGCGGACGUCGUUCGCGUCUAUGUUCACGUCUGCGACCGUGACGCCCUCCCCGGACGCUGCUGCCGAACCCGAGACUGAGGUCGAGGUAGAGGUCGAGGAGCCACCCAAGAGCAAGGACAAGGGAGACAAAGACAAGAAGAAAGAGAAGACAGAGAAGAAGAGCAAGAAGGGGAAGGAGAGGGCAAAGGAGAAGGCAUCCGGAGAUGUCGAGGAGACGGACGACGCAGAGGGCGCUGACCAGAAAGCGGAACGCAAGCGCCGGAAGGAGGAAAGGCGGCGACGGAAGGAGGCGGAGGCGGCGGCGAGUGGGACAGUCACAGUCUCGGACGGUGAGGAGACGCUGUCUCGGGAGAAGAAAGAGCGAAGGCAGUCGAAAGGGAAGAAGAGUAAGAAGGAACGAUGACCCCGGUUUGCUUAGUUGUCCUCGCUGUCGCUCUCGGGGAAGCUCUGCGGAGAAGCUAUCCCGUGUUUCCCGAUGUUGAGUCGAAUCCUUCUGCCUUGUAGCCCAAUUA